AUGGGUAAAAUAGGAAUCACUGUGUUUUGUAUAUUGGUUGCCAUAUCAGCUAUAUUUAUAUUCCUCGUACAGUAUGGAGUGCUCACAGAUUUGAUGACGAUAUGGCAUAGAGUUAAUAGUAAAGUGAGCGUUUACAAUUCCCAUCCCACUUCAAUAGAUGUAGACUUAAUCAUGCCAUCAAAAGAGACAAUUAAGAACAUUUCUUUAGAAGACGUUGCUGUAACAAGUAUGGAAAAUUUGGAAAACAUUCAGCGUAAAAGGAAACUACACAUGAAUCAAAUAUGCGAACAAUAUCCUGAAUUAAAGAAAUUGGACAACAGUAUAUAUGAUAAUCUACUGGUAGACGAUACUUACAAGAUUAUAUACUGUGCAGUACCUAAGGUUGCUAACUCGAAUUGGCGCAGAGUUUUUCUGGUUUUAAGAGGGACAUUCAAUAACGUGUCAGAAAUAACGAAGAGUGUUUAUAAAUACAAAUACAAUUCUCUGAAAACAUAUCCACUUAAAGAAAGACAAAUCCGUCUCCAAACGUACACUAAAUUUAUGUUUUCUAGACAUCCCUUUUCACGGAUUCUGUCAGCAUAUAAAGACAAAUUUGAGGAGAAUCCUGAAAGAAGUUUUGUUAAACAAUACACUCCUUUGGUGAAUAAGGCGAACAACAAGACGAAUGUGAAUGAACAAUUCAGUUUUCAGGAGUUCGUGACAUUUUUAUUAGCAUAUGUACGAAGAUUCAAUCGUCAUUGGAAUGUAAUUGCCACCCACUGCUCUAUGUGUAAUAUUCACUACAAUUUUAUAGGUAAAUAUGAAACCUUAAUCGCGGAUGUAGAUUUCAUUUUGAAGAAGAUUGGCGCGAAUAACGUAGUCGAAUUCCCUUCUUACGUUCCACACAGAACAAACAGCUCUUUCUGUGAAAUAUUGAGAAGAUAUUACGGCGAGCUCACAAAGCAACAAUUAGAAGGACUAUAUGAAAAAUAUAAAACAGAUUUUGAUAUGUUUGAAUACGAUAUUGAAGAAUAUCUUUAA